AUGGAAGACUCCAGAGAGAUCCGCAGUGAUUCUUGGCAUAAGAGGGGCGAGAGCGAGGAGCCCUCGUCCCCUCAGUCCCUUUGCCAUCUCGUGCCCCCAACAGCAGGGCACGAACGGUCUGGCUGUGAGACCCCUGUCAGUGUGGACUCCAUCCCUCUGGAGUGGGAUCACACCGGUGAUGUGGGGGGCUCCUCUUCUCACGAAGAAGAUGAGGAGGGCCCGUACUACAGUGCGUUGUCAGAUGUAGAAAUCCCUGAAAAUCCUGAGGCCUAUCUUAAAAUGACCACAAAAUCUUUGAAAGCGUCAUCUGGUAAAUCAAUUUCUGAUGGGCACUCAUGGCAUGUUCCUGACAGCCCUUCCUGUCCUGAGCGUCACUACAAACAAAUGGAAGGUGAUAGGAACAUACCGCCCAUCCCCUCAGAUUCCAGCACACCUUAUAAACCAGCCUACGCAAAGCUGCUAUUACCUUCCGGCACUGAUGUUGGCAAAGAAGGCCCAAGAGCCCUGAACAGCGGCGCCCAGCAGGAAGAGCACAGGCUGGCCGGUCUAACUGGGCAGCAGUCAGGUGCCUUUGACAGAUGGGAGGCGAUUCAACCACAAGAACUUCACAGCAAACUUAGAAUAAAACAAAACUUGCAGCAGCUGAACUCUGAUAUCAAUGACAUCACCACUUGGCUGAGAAAUACUGAAGCAGAACUAGAAACAUUAAAGAUGGCAAUAGCCCCCUCCAAUAUCCAAGAAGUAGAACUCAGAGUGAAGAAACUGAAGGAGAUCUUAAAAGCUUUUGACACCUACAAGGCAUUAGUGGUCUCUGUCAACGUGAGCAGCAAGGAAUUUCUGCAAACCGAGAGCACCGAGCCCAGAGAGCUCCAAAACAGACUCCACCAGCUGAGCCUGCACUGGGAGGCGGCGCAGGGUGCCGUGGACAGCUGGAGAGAGGGCUUGAGGAAGUCACUCAUGCGGUGCCAGGCAAUUCUGUGACGUGUAUUAUUUUUCAAGGACUUCCACCAGUUGAGUCAGAGUCUGCUCCUGUGGCUAGCAAGUGCUGAGAACCGAAGGCAGAAGGCUCAUGUCACUGAUGCGAAGGGCGACCCCCAGGCUCUCCUGGAGUGCCAGAAGGCACUAAUGCAACUUGAAAAGGAGCUAUUAGAACAUCAACCUCAAGUAAACUCCUUACAGGAGAUUUCAACCAGCCUUCUUAUUAAGGGACAUGGAGAAGAGUAUAUUGAGGCUGAAGAGAAAGUGCAUGUUAUUGGGAAGAAACUCAAACAGUUACUUGAGCAAGUGUCCCUAGAUUUAAUGUCUUUGCAGGAAAGCCAGAACCCAGAGCCAUCUCUGCCCAGCCUUGACGAGGUUGACCCUGGGGGCCAGCACUCGGCAGCAUCUGUGCCAGCUACCCAAGCGAAGCAGUUUGGAGCUGAGAGAACCACAAAUGGCGAGAACAAGACGGACAGCAGGGUGCCCGGCCUCGGCGGCUCGCGGCCGCAGCGCUCCUUCUUCUCCCGGGUGCUCAGGGUGGCGCUGCCCCUGCAGCUGCUGCUGCUGCUGCUGCUGCUCCUGGCCUGCCUGCUGCCCUCCUCUGAAGAGGACUACAGCUGCACACAGGCCAACAACUUCGCUCGGUCUUUCUACCCCAUGCUGAGGUACACCAACGGGCCACCCCCCACGUAG